AUUCCGCCAUUAACAAGGAAUCUCAGCUCAGUUCAAAAUCUCCAUUUCUUACACACACUAAUUAUUAAUGGGUUUUCCACUAGGUUAUACAGAUCUCAAUUUCCCCAAAUUACUUCUCCAUCUUCUUUCAAUUUUAUUCUUCAUCAGAAAACUCAUCUGUAAUCUCUUCACAAUUCUCGGUCUCCCCGAUUUCCUCGAACCCGAUUUUCCUUACCCGACCCGACCCGGUGAAGAGAAUACCCGGUUGUGUUCCGUGUCAGCGGCGAUAAUCCGGGAGAUAUUACCGGUAGUAAAGUUUUCCGAGAUAGUCGACCCGCCGGAGAAGUGCGUUGUUUGUCUUUACGAGUUUGAUUCCGGCGACGAGAUCAGGAUGUUGAUGAAUUGUCGACACGUGUUUCACCGGAGCUGUGUGGACCGUUGGAUGGAUCAUGAUCAGAAGACGUGUCCGCUUUGUAGGAAGGAGUUUGUACCGGAGGGUAUGAUGGGGAUUUUUAAUGAGAAGUUGUGGUUAGCUUUUGGGGUUAAUGAUUUUUGUGAGGAGUAAGUUUGUGUUAUAUACGGUCAAAUCUCUUUAUAACAAAACGUAACGAUAUUCAUAAUUUUGAUAUUUUUUUCAAGUUAUUAUAGUAAAACGCUAUUACAAAAGAUAUACGAAAAAAAUUAAAUGAUAUCCUUUGUUCCGACACAUUUUUAGCCGUUACCGUGAAAUGAUAUUGCUUAGAACGUAUGAGAGACUAGUUUUAGCGAAGUAAGACUCUUUAUAGUAAAAUGUUAUUACAUACGAGGUAUGACUUUAGUCACAAGCACGUAAGAGAAAAAGACAGCAAAACAAUUUUUUUUUGUGGUGAUUGAGAUUUUUUAACUUCACCUUAUGUCCGAUUGAUUCAGGUAUAUUACGUGAAAUACUCUUGUUAAAAGGGAGUGAAUGUAUGUAUAAGAUUCGAGUAUGAGAUUUUUUAUUAA